UGGCGAUGAAAACAAACCCGUCGUGGCGCUCGCAGAUACAAGACGCAGUUCCGAAUCGAACCGAUCCGAAACGAUCCGAUCCUAUCCUCUUCGCGUAGCAGUGAAAAUUUUUACCCUGAAAAGAUAUAAAGAAGCACCAAUAUAAAUCAAAUAAAAUAAUAAACUAAAAUAAAUCAAACAGACAACGACAAAACGGAAGCUUACACCAAUCUACUCUUUGAAAAAAGACGUAACGGAUCUCGCGUUAAUUAAAUUUGGUGACACUUUCCAUUGAGGAUUGAUAAAGGAGCCGCAACAACAUGGCCAAGGACCUGAGCACUCUGGGCUGGGAUUAUCUGAUGUUCGUCCUGUUUAUAGCCAUCACCGUCUUGGGGCCGCUUUGGAAACGAAUUUUCGGCAAAAAAAAGGAGCGCAGCAAGGCCGAUUAUGUUUUUGCCACCGGCGGUGUUUCGAUCGUAGCUGUGAUGAUUUCUAUAGCUCGAGGAACGCUAGGAGUACGAUCUGUCUUGGGUUAUCCCAGUGAGCUGUACUAUCGAGGUUCUGCCAUGUGGGAGAUCAUCUAUGGCAUGAUGAGUGCCUACCCGAUUGUGUGCUUCAUGUUCGUGCCCGUCUACUUCAACUUGGGCAUCACCUCCGUCUAUCAGUACAUCGAUCUCAGGUUCAAGAGCCGCACGGUCAGGUGCCUGGCAUCGGCCACCUAUAUAGUAAGACAGAUUUGCAACCUGGGCAUCACCGUGUACACACCCAGCGUGGCCCUCUCGACGGUGAUUGGGAUACCCUACUGGGCCUCCAUCGUGGGCAUGGCCAUCAUUUGCAUAUUCUUCACCAUUAUGGGCGGUCUGAAGGCGGCCAUCAACGCGGAUGUCAUCCAGACCCUGACCAUUUUGGUUGUCACCGUCGCCGUCUGCAUCCAGGGCACCAUUUCCACGGGCGGCGUCAAGAAGGUCUACCAACUGAAUCGCGACAAUGGUCGUCUCAACUUCUUCAACUUCACCGGCGACAUGACUGUUCGAGUGGAUACCACCUCGGCCUGGCUGGGACAGCUGUUUAUGUCCCUCUCCCAGAUUGGGUGCCAGCAGAACUUCAUGCAGCGCUACGUCAGUCUGAAGUCCUUAAAGCAAGUGCGACGAGUGAUGCUCACCAAUGUUCCCCUGGUGUUCUUCUUCUUUUCCCUCUCCUGGCUGUCCGGCAUGGUCAUCUACUCCACAUACAUCAACUGCGAUCCAUAUGCGGAAGGCUACAUCAAGAAGCCCGAUGAGAUCCUGCCCUUUUUCGUAGAGGAUCAGCUCGGAUUCUUGCCCGGCUUUGUCGGAAUAUUCAUGGCCACUCUUUUCAAUGGAGCGCUCUGCAUGAUGGUCUCCAACCUGAACUCCCUGGCCACUGUUUGUUGGGAGGACUUCAUUUCGCAGUUUCCCAGGUUCAAAGGACUCUCCGACAAGCAACAGUUGAGAAUCCUCAAGCUAAUCACCGUCAUCUGUGGACUAAUUAUCAUGUGCGUGGCCUUUGGAGUGGGCCUACUGGCUGGUGUGAUUGAAUCCUCGCUGCUUGUGUUUUCGGCCACCUCGGGUCCCUUGUUGGGUUGCUUCAUAUUGGCCAUGAUGGUGCCAAUUGCCAAUUGGAAGGGCACCUCUGCCGGUAUGAUCACCGCCUGCGCCUUUGUCCUGUGGAUCAUUGGCGGAGGAAUGACCGUUGAAAAGUCGAAUCCCAUGUUGCCCACAUCGACGGAGGGUUGCUCCAACCACAGUUUUUCGGACUCGAUUACGAAGCCCUUGAUGGAACCUGGACAGAUGCCUUGGCUGCUGACUCACACUCCCAUCAAUGGAUACAACCAGAGCUUCGUAGCCUCACCCCCAACAAUAGCACCUGAAAGAUCUGGACUGGAGACCUUCUACUCCAUUAGCUUCAUGUACUACAGCUUGAUCGGCACGGCGCUGACUGUCAUCAUCGGCACCCUGAUCAGCCUGCUGACCCAGCACCCGGAUGAUGCCUACGAUGGCAAGCUUCUCCACCCGCUGAUCUUACGUCUGUGCGAGCGUUUCUCUGGCCACAAACCGUACUAUCUCAAGCACGAGGAGGAGUCCGGCUUGAAUGGGCGUAACAGCAGUGAAUCCUCGGCCUCCGGGACGACAACCUCUAAGGAGGAGAAGGUCAACCACGGUUAUGAAUCCUCGCCAGAGGAGAAGGAAAAGAACAAUCCCAUUGCGGUGGUUUUCACCACAUCAGAAGGAGCAAAGGAGCAGCCAUCCAUAUGCGACAGUAGUCGGAUCCAAAUCGACACCGUGCCGGGAGAGGGGGAGACGGGCGUAUACCGCCAGCUGGCUGGCAGAUCUGCGCUCUAAGAUCUGUCUUAGCCUGUCCAAUUAGUUUGUAGUUCGCUAAGCUAAGACCUAGAAUAGAUCUAUUAGUUAGCCAAGUGUUUUUCAAGUCUAUAAAGAUGCUGUGAUUUUCUGCGCGCGACUAUUGUUGAGCAAUUUUCGCGCCUGUUGUAGCAAUCAAGUUUCAUUCGCAUGUACUUAUCGCAUGUGUGUGCGUGACAGUGUGCAAUAAAUAAAGACAAAUAAACGUA